GUGGCAUUUCAUUGUUCUUUGUUGAAAAUCAAAAUCAAAUGAGACAGAGAAAUUGAAAAUUCGUGAGAGAUUGAUAAGCAGAAAGGCUGCAACAAUGGCGGCAUCGAAGUUGUCACCAACCGAUACCUGGGGUUCGACUCUCCCUGGUCCUCCCAGCCGUAACAACUUCGGAUCCGCCGAUCUCAGUCCAUCCGGUCUCUUUGCCUUCUCAUCUGGCUCCUCCGUCUCUGUUGUCGACUCUCGUUCUCUCCAGCUCAUUUCCACUAUCCCUCUCCCUCCUCCUCCCGGUGCUCUCUCUCCCUUCGUCACUUCCGUCCGUUGGAUCCCUCUCCCUCUCCCCCGUGAUCUACUAUCCACCGAGCCCUCCGCCUCACACCUUCUCCUCGCCGUUGCCGAUCGUCACGGCCGUGUCGCGCUCGUUGACUUCCAUCUUCGCUCCGUCGUCGUCUGGCUUAAUCCUUCCUCCGAUCCCAAGCUUGGGGUUCAGGACCUCUGCUGGGUUCAAGCUCGACAGGAUUCUCAUGUCCUCGCCGCGAUUUCUGGAUCUUCUUUUCUGUCACUCUACACAGUCUCCGGUGGACUUUUCUGGAAGUACGAUGCCGGUACGGAGAUUCUCUCAUGUCUCCGCCGCGAUCCCUAUGAUUCUCGCCAUUUCUGUGUGCUUGGCCUCAAGGGGCUCCUAUUGUCGGUUAAGGUACUCGGAGACACUGAGAACGACGUUGUGAUUCAGGAGAUGCAGAUAAAGACGGAUUUCACUGAGCUAUUGAGGUUGGAAAGAGAUGGCAAUUCAUCAUCUUCUUCGCCUGCUUCAGCCGCAUUUCCGUUAUACUUUGCUAGAUUUGCAUUCUCGCCACACUGGAAGAAUAUACUGUUUGUGACGUUUCCUAGGGAGCUAUUGGUCUUUGAUCUACAAUAUGAGACACCCCUCUCGACCACGCCAUUACCUCGUGGUUGCGCCAAGUUUCUGGAUGUUUUGCCGGAUCCAAACAAUGAGUUGCUUUAUUGUGCUCAUGUCGAUGGUAGGCUCAGCAUUUGGCGUCAGAAAGGAGGAGAACAGGUGCAUGUCAUGUGUACCAUGGAAGAGUUUAUGCCAUCUAUUGGACUGUCCAUCCCGUCUCCUUCAGCUCUGGCUGUUCUUCUCAGUCAAUCGGACUCCACAAUGCAAACCAUUACAAAACUUUAUCCAGAUGAAACUUCUUCUGUGGAUUUUGAUAACCCAUUUGACUUUUACGAUGAAAGUAUCGUUGUUUCCAAGACGACCUUUUUCUCCCUAUCUGAUGACGGUAAAAUAUGGAAGUGGGUCUUAAGUGCUGAAGGUGUUGAAGAUGCUCUAAAAAAUGCAUCAGACUUGGACAUGAGUAUCGUAGGGGCUGAUGUAGCACUCCCUGGAGCUAUUCAGAAGAAAGAUUUCUCAAAUCUGGAGGAUGGAUUAGUUGUUACCCCUACAAAUAAAAGCAGAGGUCAGACAUCAAGUUCCUCCUUCGGAAGAUCAGACCUAUCAUUUAAGAUCAGCCUGACUGGACAGCUUCAGCUUCUCUCUUCCACAGUCUCUACACUUGCUGUACCAUCUCCGUCUCUUACGGCAUCCCUAGCAAGAGGGGGUAACAUCCCUGCGGCAGCUGUUCCGUUGGUUGCUUUGGGAACUCAUAGCGGGACAAUCGAUAUUGUUGAUGUAUCAACAAAUGCUGUUGCUGCAAGCACUUCUGUUCAUACUGGUGUUGUUAGGGGCCUUCGAUGGCUUGGAAAUUCAAGAUUGGUUUCAUUUUCUUACAGUCAGGUGAAUGACAAAAGCAGAGGCUACAUAAAUAAGUUAGUUGUGACUUGCCUUAGGAGUGGGUUGAAUAAACAAUUUUGUGAUUUACAAAAGCCAGAACGUACUCCCAUAAGAGCUCUUAGAACUUCUUCUUCCGGAAGGUAUCUUCUAAUUCUUUUCCGUGAUGCUCCUGUAGAAGUUUGGGCGAUGACCAAGCAUCCUGUCAUGCUUAGAUCAUUAGCUCUUCCUUUCACGGUAGUGGAAUGGACGCUUCCGGCAGUUCCACGCCCAGGUCAAGGCGGUCCUUCUAAACAAUCUCUCUCAGCAUCCGAAGGAGUAGCUGCUCCAGCAGACUCUACGUCUGUGGGCUCGGAUGGAUCGACUGAAGAAACUGUAGAGAGUUUUGCAUUUGCACUAGUAAAUGGUGCCCUUGGAGUAUUUGAAGUCCAAGGACGUAGAAUUCGAGAUUACAGACCCAAAUGGCCAUCUACCUCAUUCGUUCCCUCAGAUGGAUUGGUUACAGCCAUGGCAUAUCGCUUGCCUCAUGUGGUUAUGGGAGAUAAAUCAGGAAACAUAAGAUGGUGGGAUGUAACAACUGGACAGUCAUCUGCAUUUAAUAGUCACAGAGAUGGAAUACGGAGGAUCAAAUUUUCACCUGUUGUUGCUGGAGAUCGCAGCCGAGGGCGCGUAGCUGUGCUAUUUAAUGACAAUACAUUUUCUGUAUUUGAUCUUGAUUCACCAGAUCCGCUAGCCCAGUCACUUCUACAGCCUCAAAUUCCUGGCACUCUGGUACUGGAACUUGAUUGGUUGCCUCUGAGAACCGAUAAGAAUGAUCCACUUGUUCUAUGCAUCGCUGGGGCUGAUAGCACCUUCCGGCUCGUUGAGGUUACUGUGUAUGUGUACACCUGUUCAUUGAAAAAUUAUGAUUAUGGAUGUGAUGGUUCACUUAGAUUGAUGGCUUUUGAGCGAGAAGAAUUACGGAAACGUGCUAAUGAACGUCUUCCUUGGCAUGAAAAUUUGGAGGGGGAAGAUUGCAUUCAAAAACAAACGCAUUAUACUCACGAAUAUUCGCACGCAAGAUUGUAUCCGUCAGUUGUCAGUUUUAGUCAUAGGUACUCGUACUCGUACGCUGAUGUGGUCAAGAAAGGUUAUGCUGCAAGAUUUGCUUUUGCAGCUGCUGUUUAUGGUGAAACCUCAGAAGCACUUUUCUGGUUGCAACUGCCUCAAGCCAUUCGCCAUCUGAUGAACAAGCUGACGAAAAGGUCUCCGCAAAAACUCCCUUCCCCUGCUUCAGGAGUUGAUGAAGCAACUAUGCUGAGUAAGAUAUCAUCUACUGGUGUAUGGGCACCUGAAGCCAGGAAGUGUGAUGGUUCACUUAGAUUGAUGGCUUUUGAGCGAGAAGAAUUACGGAAACGUGCUAAUGAACGUCUUCCUUGGCAUGAAAAUUUGGAGGGGGAAGAUUGCAUUCAAAAACAAGUACACGAGCUGAUUUCAGUUGGAAAUUUGGAAGCUGCUGUGAGUUUGCUGCUUUCUUCCGCCCCAGAUUCUCCCUACUUCUAUCCAAAUGCUCUCCGAGCUAUUGCACUCGCUUCAGCUGUGUCUAAAUCUCUUCUCGACCUCGCACUUAAGGUUGUUGCAGCCAACAUGGUAAGGACCGACAAUUCGCUCACUGGUACUCAUCUUCUAUGUGCGGUCGGAAGACACCAAGAAGCUUGUUCACAGCUACAAGAUUCUGGACGGUGGACUGAUGCUGCUACCUUGGCUGCCACACAUUUAGAAGGAUCGGAUUAUGCUAGGGUAUUGCAGAGGUGGGCUGAUCAUGUUCUCCAUGCGGAACACAAUGUCUGGCGGGCGCUUAUUUUAUAUGUGGCUGCUGGUUCCCUGCAAGAGGCGCUAGCAGCUCUCAGAGAGGUGCAACAGCCUGACACAGUAGCCAUGUUUGUGCUCGCCUGUCAGGAGAUCCAUUCAGAAAUUGUAACCGAGCUGUCAAGCCUAGAAGAUGAAUCUGAAUCUGAAUAUGCUUCUGGCGAAGGCACAGUACCUCCCGAUCUGCCUGGUCUUGAACCAGGGAAGGAAGAAGUGACGGCAGUUUGCGAAUAUUUUCAACAAUACCAGAGAAAGCUAGUGCAUUUGUGCAUGGACUAUCAACCCUACACGGACUGAUGAGAACUUAUACAGCCAAACUCUUUCUCUGGCUUGGCAAUUAUAUAUUACUUUAUCUCAGAUAAACACACAUGGGACUCUCAACCCUACACCGAUGUUUCUGUAUGUUGUACCUUAAGCCCUUGUUCUGUGUAAAAUUGAUUUUUAAGACCAUAUCAAUUUCUCUGGUUGUUUGUUUG